AUGCCAGAAGGAUGGAGACAACAGCCGGCAAGUAGGGACUGCAAGAAGGGGAGAGCAAAAGGGGGGAUUAUAACGGGAGUGAGAACGGAGUUAGAAGAGAAAGAAAAUGUAUGCAAAGAGGAGCAGGGGAUGCAAGAAAGGGUGGUAAGUUUGGAUGGAGAGACAUGGAGAAUGGUCACAGUAUACAAUAGAGAAGGAAAAAAGGAAUUGUUAGAGAAGAUAAAGGAAGAAAUAAAAGAGGAGGAAGAAGAAAGGUUAAUGAUAGUAGGAGAUUUCAAUGCUAGAAUAGGAAGAAAAGGAGGAUGGGAGGAAGGGGAAGAAGAUGGAAACGAGAGAAGGGAAGAGAGAUAUUCAAAGGAUGAGGUGGUAAAUAGUCAAGGAAAAGAGCUUAUUGAAGUGAUAGAGGAGAGAGGGUGGAUAGUGCUAAAUGGGACAAAGGAGGGAGAUGAAGAGGGAGAGUGGACUUAUGAAAAGGCAAGUGGGAGGUCAGUUAUCGACUACGGGAUAGUUAAUUGGGAGGCAUGGCAAAGAGUAAAGAGAUUUGAAGUGGGAUGUAGGGUGGAAUCGGAUCACCAGCCGAUAAUUUUUGAGUUAGAAAAUUAUGUUGAGAGGCGAGAGGAGAAUAAAAAAGAAGAGGGGACAGUGCAAGACUGGUCAGAAGAGGGAAUAAAGGAAUUUAAGAAGAGAAUAGAGGGAGCAGUAUGGAAAGAAGAAAGGGUUAUAAAAGAAUGGGAAGAGUUGGAAGGAGAAUUGAACAAGGCAGUCAAAGUGAGGAGAAAAGGAAAAAGGAGAGAAAUAGGGUGGUGCCCGUGGUGGGAUAAAGAGUGCAGGGAAAAGAAGAUAGAGACAAAUAGGGCGAGGAGAAGGUAUAGAAGGAAAAGAGAGCAAGGAGAUGAAGAAUUUAUAAGAUGUAGAAAGGAGUAUAGAGACUUGUGUAAGAAAAAAGAGGAAGUAUAUAGAAAAAAGGAAAAGAGAGAGGUAGAAAAUAUAAAAACGGAAGCGGAAGCAUGGAAGUUCAUAAAUAAAGGAAGAAAGAAAAGAGAGGGGAUAUGUAAAGAAAUAGAAAUAGGAAAAUGGGAGAAGCAUUUUAGAGAGAUUUUUGGAGGAGUAGAGGAGAAGAGGCAACUUUGGCAGAGAAAUAAAGAGGUGCAUAGGGAGAAAGGAGAGGGGAUAGGACAAGAAGAGCGGCACAACAAAUUGGUGGCAGCGGUGGGAUCCACACAGCUGACUCCAGGACCCGAGAGCAGCGACGGCAGCAAACAGCCUGCAAAUAAGGUGUACCAAAUAAAUAGGCGAAGGAGCGACCCAAGGAGGCAACGCAGAAGCCAGCACACCAAAAAACAAAAGCGAGCACCCGAUAGAGCAGCCGACGACCAGGACGCAGAUAGCAGCGUAACCCGAGAGGCGACCUACCGCAAGCAUGACUCAGCAGCUUCGAGCAACGAGCAACCGACUACAAAGCGACAUGCGAUUAGCAGCGUUAAUGUAAGUCCGAUAAAUUAUAUUAAAUCGCCAAUGUAA